CCUUGGGAAUUCUUCCGGGAUUUCUUUUAUCAACAUGGCUGCUUCGUAAAGCAACUUGUAUGUUUCCGUUAACUACAUGCACGCAUUUUAUUGAUAGUUGUAGGUAAAUAUUUGCACUUAAACUAUUAGAGUAAGCAGUCGAUUGUCAGUCAGUAUGUUUCAAGUUAUUACCAGAAGUACCCCGGUAAUCCGGCUUCUCGCCCCCCGUGGAGCCGUGCUUGUGGAGGCUGUCCGGGGUAGGAAGACCCGCACCGAUCCGAAGGCCAAAUCCAAAGAGGGGCGCAUCAAAACGCCACCUCCCGUCGACCCGGUGGAGAUGGUGGUCCUCAGGGAGAGAUUCACAGAAUAUGACCUGAUCAUGAGAGCGCUGAGGCUGGAGUUCAAGGAGGAGAUGCUGAGGAAGAGGUAUGAAGAGGAGGUGGGCUCCCUGGCGGAGGAGAGGGCGAAGCAGGAGGCGGAGGAGCACCGCUCCCUCAUGACCUGGAACCAGGAGGAGAAUCUCCGCAUGCUCAAGAUCAGGGAACUGAGAGUUCAGAAAGAGGUGGAAGCUGCUGAGGUCAAGAAGACAGAGGCAGCCAUUCUGCGAGAGCAGGCCAUGGAAAGCUUUGUUAAAGAGAAGGGAGAGGAGAUAAUGCGGAUUCAGGAGGAGGCCAAGAGCUUCAUCAACCUGGAGAACCUGGACCAGCGUAUUGAGGAAGCCCUGGACAACCCUAAGAACUAUAACUUUGCCAUCGACAAAGAUGGCCGCGUGGUGAAGAGGACUGUGCUGCAGUGAGAGAGACUGAGGAUGACUGGAAGUGUAGAGUGAAGUUGCCCCUAGACUCUGAUCUGGAUUCAGUUUAUCCUUUUCCCCACUAUGGUUCAGGUUAGGAUUGUGGGAAUGGAAGCUGAUUCUGGAUCUAUACCUAAGGGAAACUUCACCUCAGAGCCUUGGCUUGAGGCCUCAGAGGAGACUGGCAAGAUAGUGAGCUCGUUUGACAUUGUAUGCGGGUCACGACUGACUGAUCUACAAAUCACCUUGCAUCAUAAAUAACUACUCAUUAUUAUUUGUAGAUCAGUCAGUCCGUCACAAUGCUCUGGAACACGGGCAGUGUGGCCUUUUCUCAUUCCUCCACCCUCUCUCCUCUGUGACCCGGAAACCAUUAAGAAAGUCAAUCUAUAUAAAAAAAUAUUUAAAAAAUAAAAAGAGUUCUUAA